UGUGUGUGCUUGUUACCUUAUUCUUAGAAGUACUUACCAUUUAGUACUGAACUGUGUCAACAUGCGGUUGGGGACCUUCCCCCGGUGCCAGUGUUGUUGUGAAAACAAAGGGGGAUCCUUGAGACGUGAGAGCUGCUCUCUCCUCCAAAGUGCAUCCUGGGAGCUGCUGUGAGAGCCCCAGAGGUGGCUGAAUUUACGUCUCUCCCUCCUCCUCGUCUUCCCCGCAGGCAGCACCAUGACCUCAGAGGCACCGGCUGGAUCGUCUCUUCUUUGGGGCGGGUUGGAAAGAGCUGUCGGGAGGCCCCCUCAGGGUCUGGUGACCUUUGAGGAGGUGGCCGUGCAUUUCACGGAGGAGGAGUGGGCCCUGCUGGAUUCCGGCCAAAGAGCUCUGCACAGGGAAGUCACGGAGGAGAUUUGUGACAUGAUGGCCUCUCUUGAGCCAGACCUCCGUUCCUGGUGGCAAGGAGAAGAUCUGCUGAUCCAGGAUCCCAAAGAAGAGGCGACAUCAGCAGCAGAUGACAGGCAGAGGAAUGAGAAUUAUAAGGAGCGAGAGAUGUCAUUGGUAGUAGCCAAGCGUAAAGCACCAGAAGAGUUGUUUGGAAAUCAUGGGGGACCAAAAGAGUCUGAAAGAAACCAGUCAAAGAAUGAGAGAAAGAAAUCCUCUACUUCUCAGAUUUUGCAUGAAACAACUUACACAGGGGAGAAACCAUUUAAAUGCAUGGAGUGUGGAAAGAGCUUUAGUCAGAGCAGUCAUCUUACUUUACAUCAGAGAACCCACACAGGGGAGAAACCAUUUAAAUGCAUGGAGUGUGGGAAGAGCUUUAGUCAGAGCAGUCAUCUUACUUUACAUCAGAGAACCCACACAGGGGAGAAACCUUUUAAAUGCAUGGAGUGUGGAAAGAGCUUCAGAGAUAACGGAACCCUUACUAAACAUCAACAAACACACACAGGGGAGAAACCAUUUAAAUGCAUGGAGUGUGGAAAGAGCUUCAGUCAGAGCAGUCAUCUUACUUUACAUCACAGAACACACACAGGGGAGAAACCAUUUAAAUGCCUGGAGUGUGGAAAGAGCUUCAGUCAGAAUAAUCACCUUGCUUAUCAUCAAAGAAUCCAUGCAGGAGAGAAACCAUUUGAAUGCAUGGAGUGUGGAAAGAGCUUCAGAGAUAGUGGAACCCUUACUAAACAUAAACAUACACACACAGGGGAAAAGCCAUUUAAAUGCAUGGAGUGUGGAAUGUGCUUCAGCGUGAGUGCUAACCUUAUUAUACAUCGAAGAAUCCACACGGGGGAGAAACCAUUUGAAUGUAUGGAGUGUGGAAAGAGCUUCAGAGAUAAUGGAACCCUUACUAAACAUAAACAAAUGCACACAGGGGAGAAACCAUUUAAAUGCAUAGUGUGUGGGAAGAGCUUCAGUAAUAGGAGUAGACUGACUUUACAUGAAAGAACCCACACAGGGGAGAAACCAUUUAAAUGCAUGGAGUGCGGAAUGUGCUUCAGCGUUAGCACUAACCUUAUUUUACAUCAUAGAAUCCACACAGGGGAGAAACCAUUUAAAUGUAUAGAGUGUGGAAAGAGCUUCAGUCAUAGAAGUAGACUUACUUUACAUCAAAGAAAUCAUACAGGGGAGAAACCAUUUAAGUGCUUGGAGUGUGGAAAGAGCUUCAUUCAGAGCAUUAACCUUAGAUCCCAUCAAAGAAUCCAUACUGGAGAGAAACCGUUUAAAUGCAUGGAGUGUGGAAAGAGCUUCAGAGAUAACGGAAACCUUACAAAACAUAAACAAACGCACAGCGGAGAGAAACCUUUUAAAUGCACGGAGUGUGGUAAGAGCUUCACUCAGAGCCAUAACCUUACAUCCCAUCAAAGAAUACACACAGGGGAAAAGCCAUUUAAAUGCAUGAAAUGUGGAAAGAGCUUUCAUGUGAGUCAUAACCUUACAAUCCAUCAAAGGACACACAUGGGGAGAAAUCAUUUAAAUGCACAGAGUCUGGAAAGAACUUCAGUGUGAGCUUUAUUCUUUAAACUAGAGGACUGGUGCAGUUUAGGUGGGCCGAUAUUCUAUUUAGCAGUGUUAAGUUUGUAGUUAAUUCUAAUCUUCUGGGCUAUGAAAAUGAAACACGUAUACAGCUUGGAACCAGAAUACCUAAAAGAUCAUGUCACUCAUCCAGUUCUGGAUGGUGGCUUUGUCCUUUGGCUACUCUUGCAUCUGUUGGCACAAAUGUAUUUAUCCUGAUAACGACGCAAACUGAACCAGUGGGCUGGAAGCUGGUGAUUACUUUUCCCCUUUAACUAACUGCGAAGAGUGCUGUAGGGUGGUUGUUUUUAAAAAAAUUUGUAGGUUGUAGGGUUUUUUAAAAGGUUUUUAAAAAGUUUUUUUCAUCUAAGGGAAAUAAUAGGAAGGCUGAUCCUCCUGUAAUUCACAGCGCUUCUGCCAAAAACAUGCAGGCCAGCCUCCCCCCCCCUCCAUCUGGUGCAGCUGGACAUGAUGGAGAUACUAAUCUUAUGUCACUUCUUCAACAGAUGGCUAGCCAGUUUAAUGCUGCUAAAGCCUAAUUAGUCUCUCAAUCUGCUUCAAAACUGUUGCUAAAAUUGCUAUUCAUCUUGGAGAAGCAGAGAGCCAAAUUUCUGCCCUGGAAGACAUUACUACAACUUGUGAUAGAGUGAUGGUGGCACUACAAAAGUCUUCAACUGAGUUGAUGGCUAAGGUGGUAAUAAUAUUAAUAACUUGUUAUUAUUUGUUAUCUGCCUCUCACCCGGAAUUCGGGCCCUGAGGCGGAUUAUGUAGAUUUAAAAAUAGAAAACAUACAUAAAACCAUACAGAGAUCUAAAAAUACAAAAACACACAAAAAUGUACAUAAACAAAUCCUUAAAAACGUGUAAUAGCAUGAAGAGUUGAAAUUUAACCAAAUGCUUGCAUAAAAAGAUGGCUCUUCAGCAGCAGUCUAAAAACGAGAAGAGGGGGCUGAUCUAACCUCAUGGGAGGACAUUCCAUAGUCUAGGGGCCAUGACAGAGAAGGCUCUGUUGCGAGUAUUUGCCAAUUGGCUUCAGAUACAGCAGGCACUUGCAACAGGCCCCUCUUCCCUGCUCUCGUGUGAUAGGCAUGACUAAUGCGGUGAAGACAAAUAGCUAGGUGCCAAACCAUUUAGGGCUUUAAAUGUCAAAGCCAGCAUCUUGAAUUGUACUUAGAAGCAAACCUGGAGCCAAUGUAGCUCUUUUAGCACAGGUGUAAGGUGCUCAAAGCGGCUCUUUUUAAUUAACUUCCUAGCAGCCGUAUUUUGAACCAGCUGAAGCUUCCAAGUAGUCUUCAAAGGCAGCCCCACAUAGAGAGCAUUACAGUAAUCCAAAUGCGAGGUGACCAGGGCAUGGGUGAGAGUGGUCAGAUCCGAGUAUCCCAGAUAGGGCCACAGCUGAUGCAACAGCUGCAGCUGAGUAAAAUUCCCCUCGGCCACUACCUGAUUUCUAGCAGGAAAGCUGGGUAAAUGUACUUGAAAGUUAUAAUUAGAGACAUAAUCUAAUCUAACCAGAAAGAUUGUCUUACCCCUUAAAUACCUAGUCGAUCACUAUAUUCUGCCAGUGAAGGCCUCCUGUAGAUACCAUCUUCUCAAGUGGUCCAUUAUACACAACAUAUAGGGAGACCUUUAGUGUUGUGGCACCAACAGUUCCCCUGAAAUAUUAAACAGGCGCCAUCUCUGUUGUCUUUUUGGUUUCUACUGAAGACCUUCCUAUUUCAACAAGCCUUUUAAGGAGAGACCUUAUUCUAGUCUGCAUCUGAGAUGGAAUUAUUUUUAAAAAUGUUUAAUGUUUUAAAAUAUGUUUUAAGAUAUUUUAGAGUGAUUUUAGUGUUUUUGUUUGCUGCCCUGGGCUCCUGGGAGGAAAG